UACAUUAUCUAUUAUAAUCUACAGUGUUUUUACUUUUUUUAUUGUCUCCCUGUGUGAUUCUUCUCCUUUAAACUAAGUUCUGUGGCAUUCUGACCACAUGGUUGCAGUCAUUUGGCUUUAAGCUAAAAAGUGGCAGAAGGGGAAAGGCACGAAGGGUGUAAAAUGCAGGGGGGUGGGCAACUCCAGAGAUGAACUGAGUGAGAUAAACAGAGAGGAGAUUGAUGGCACAAGAGGGACGUGAGUGGGAGGGACAGACGCAGCGAGACUAAAGUAUGAAGCUGGGGGGUGGGAGCAGCAAACAGAUCGAGACAAAGAGUAACAGGGUGAUGGAGUGUGACGAAGAAGGAGGGGGGAGCAGUAGAGAGAGGCAGACGGAGCAAUAUUGAAGUUACCUGGAUUGGAGCGCUGAAGAAACAGGAGCAAACGGUGACAGGGUGUGGGAGGGGCAGAGGGAGGAGGAGCGGAAGAGGAAGCCCGAGGCAGACGAAGCAAGAUCAGUAAUGGAGGGGGAACAGAAGAGGAAGAGAGACACUGAGGGAGCAAGCAUCAGAGGGUGGGAGACAAAUGGAGAACGGAGAGCCCAUUGAUGUUCAACACUCGGCUCCUGGAUCGGCUGGUAGCAGUGAGUGAGCGCUGAGCCUUCCUCAUUCCCAAGCAGCACUAUGGGCACCGCAUACUAAGGGCAACAAGAUUUGCCUCCCAGCCUGCAUGGGUGCUGCGGUGUUAAAAGGGUUAAUGCACCCUAGUGUUCGGUGCAAGUGAUUGGCACAAGCUGUAUCUUUUGCUUCUGGAACAGGACAUCCCCCUUUGCAAGGCAAGAUAUCGUUGGGACCCAGAAGCCUCAGGGUGGGAAUGAUGUCUCCUCUUUGGUGGAACACAUCGGAUGCAAAGACUCUGUGCUUGUUGUAGCUGAGACCAAGCAGCAAUGGGACUGAGCAGCUCUGUGUCCCAGAUGUUCUGCAGGAUCCGAAUCCUAGUUAUUAUAUGCCUGUGCCUGCUGCUCUUUGGGUGGGCAGCUCUUAACUCGGCCGAUGUCGCACGCUAUGCACACAGGUUCAAACAGCCCUUGGAUUAUAGGUGGAGAGCCACUUCCAUGGACAAUGAAGAGGAGAGACAGCAUGUGACUGCUGAAGAGACAGUCAAGCUCUGCCCUGCCCUCUCCCCCCUACUCAGGGGCGCUGUACCACUAAAGUUUGAGCCUUCUUUAAGUUUGAACCAGGUGAAGAAAGAGAACCCCCAGGUGGAAAAUGGCAGAUACCAACCGGAGAGCUGCAAAGCUCAGCAAAAAGUCGCCAUCUUGAUUCCUCACCGAAAUCGCGAGCGACACCUCUUGUACCUGCUCAAACACUUGCACCCCUUCCUGCAGCGCCAACAGCUGGACUAUGGGAUUUAUGUCAUUCACCAGGCCGGGAACCAGAAGUUCAACAGAGCAAAGUUGCUGAACAUCGGGUACCUGGAGGCGCUGAAGCAAGAGGACUGGGACUGCUUUAUAUUCCAUGAUGUUGAUCUGAUCCCUGAGAAUGACUUUAACCUUUACCUCUGUGACACUGAGCCCAAACACCUGGUCGUGGGAAGAAAUGUAACUGGCUACAGGCUGCGCUAUAAGGGCUAUUUUGGGGGUGUGACCGCCAUGACCAGAGAGCAGUUUGACAAUGUGAACGGCUAUUCCAACAAUUACUGGGGCUGGGGAGGAGAAGACGAUGAUCUGCGGCAGAGGGUGGUGGGUCAAAAGAUGAAGGUGGUCAGACCCCCGGCCGAGGUUGCCAGAUACACCAUGAUCUUCCAUACCCGGGAUAGUGGCAACGAGGUGAACAGUCAGAGGAUGAAACUAUUGAAUAAAGUAUCCCGCGUCUGGAGGAAGGACGGCCUAAACUCUUGCGCCUAUGAGUUGCUCUCGGUUGAACAUGACCAACUGUACAUUAAUUUAACAGCAGAAGUUGGGCGGCCAGAGAUCUAAAUGAACAUCAGGAGGGACAUAGACUUUGUGAGCUAAGGUUCCAGAGACAAGGCCAGUCCUCAACAUCCAAAAGGAUCCUUGUUCCCAUAGAUGACGACACAGAUGCUUUCUAGAAAGAAAAUGGGACUUUCAACCAAAAUCUUUAAAAGAUUAAAAAAAAGAAUCAAUUUAAGGCCAAAUCUGCUAUUAUAUGGACAACGUUUGAAGUUCUUGGAGGUAGACACCUUUUUUUGGUGAAUUUUGCACACAAGCAGUAGGGUUUCUUGUACCAAAAGAAAUGACCCUCAUCAUCUACAAACAUUCCAAUAAUGGUCCACACUGGACCUUCUCUUCAGAGUAAAUCUGGUGCUAAAAACACAUUUGGAUGUGAAGCUUUGUAUCAGCGGCUAGAAGUGCAGUGCGAUUGGCCAGUGCUGCACCCACCAUGGUAAAUAGCGUGUCCAAAAUCAGGUGAUUAGAAGGACAUGUGAGUUAGGGUAGAUCUGUGAGGGUAAACUCUGUGGCGACCAAAUUCUCUCUAGUCUAGGCCCUGGUCAUGGCAAAGGAUAUAGAACUUUAGGAGUCUGGAAAACCUGGAUAUCUGAAGAACAAGUUGAUAAGUAAGGUAUAUAUGUGAGGGUAACCAUCAUGGAGACCAACUUCUCUGUAGGCUAGACUUGACCGUAAAAAUCUGCAAAAUAUGCAUAGCUGAAAAAUAUAUGCGGACAUGAAGUUUAGACCUGAGAGGGUAAUCAAAAUGGUGACCAACCUCUCUCAAGUCUAGACUUAUAAUUUACAGCUCCUCUACAUGGUUACGUCAGUAGACUUGAAGGUACAUUGAUAGAAUAAGUCAGACCAAGGAAUAUAGGAGCUGUGGAGCCUUUCAAAACCCCGAUAUCUGAAGAUAACCACAAUGGUGACCAACUUCGCUGUAGGCUAAACGCUCAUGUCAAGGCUAAUGAUAUAAGAUCUUGGGAAUCUGCAAAAGAUACAUUGCUGAAGGACAGAGUAAACUUGAGAGGGUAAUUACAACGUUGACCCAUUUCUCUCUAGACUAGACUUGUCAUUUCCAGCACCUCUACAUGGUUUGGUCAGUAAAUGUAAAGGUCCACUGAUGCUUGAAUAAGGCAGACCAAGUAAUAUAAGCCUUUGGGAGCUUGCACUGCACAUAAAUAAGGUAUAGGGUAACCACAAUGCGGUAACCAACUUUUAGGCUGGACUUAUAACUCCUCAGUUCAGGGUUAGGCAUAUAGGACCUGAGAGUCUGUAGACUUGAAGGUACAUUGGUGACCAACUUCUCCCUGUUGUUUUCUACAAUGGUCAUUUGUGAUACUUUUCAGGAGAUCACCUUCUGCCGCUCAAACUCAUUGUAUUGGAUCUGGCAAACCUGAUUCCCAACUGGAGAGAAAGUAAGUGCUUUACAGCUCCUUAACAUGGUGACCUUAGUAGACUUGAAGGUACAUUGAUGAUGGAAUAAGGAAUAUGGACCUACAACUCUUCGUGCUCUCCUUGAAGGAACAUAAUCAGAUGCCGUAACGCUACAAGGCACAAUGGUGGAACGUGAAGACCACCAGUCUUCGGCUGGAUUACAAACAAUGUAUGUUCUCAGUGGAAGGUCUUCUACAGUGGGUGGAAUUCAUACGACUAACGAUCCCAAUCCUGGACAUGGUCCAUAACUGCACACAGAUUUGCACCUUUUGCAGUACACCUAUCAAGGUUCAACACUGUCGCCCUGUAGAAACAUGUAUAAGGAGGGUGCGCCUCAGAUCUAAUUAUGGGGUAAAAAGUAUUGCACCCAAAUUUGGGGAUAUACUAUUAAUAUACAUAACCACAAAUGCAUUUUAUACAUGCUGCAUUUAGGAGAUGAGCUCAGAGUAUUUUUACGUAAAAUUAUUUUUCUGGGGGGGGGGCAGGAUUUAGGUUCUUGAGUAUAAAGAUGUCCCAGAAUAAGACGUAAUGUGCCCGGGGGGGGGGCAUGAAUUCAUUAUUUACAAGAUGGCCGACAAAUAAAAAAGGAAGUAAUUUAUGUAGAGCUAAAUAAAGGGGAGCUGACCGGGUGUUCCAUUGAGUUGCUGAUCAGUAAAGGGCUUUCAGCAUUAUCUAUUACUUUUUAUUUUGUAGAUAUUUUCCAAAAUGUCAUGGCAUGUUCUUCACUAGCCUUAGAGAGAUGCACUGCUUUAAGGAUUGGCCACUAGCAGCUCAGGACUG